UUGUGGGGGGUAGAAAGGGAGGACAGGGGGCGCGGAGUCAGAGUGGCGCAGCAAGUGGCUGCAGGUGGCGACGGUGGCGGGGGGUGGGGAGUGAGGUAGUCCAGGGGUCGCGGAGGAGAAGGCUGAGAGGGUCAAAAGAAAAACUAAAGCUGCAGUCUGGCCUACUGGUCCGGGGGCCGCGGAGCCCCCACCCGGGGAGAUGGACCUCAACCGGAUCAUCCAGGCGCUGAAGGGCACCAUCGACCCGAAGCUGCGGAUUGCAGCGGAGAAUGAGCUCAACCAGUCCUACAAGAUUAUCAAUUUUGCCCCCAGUUUACUUCGGAUUAUAGUGUCUGACCAUGUGGAAUUCCCAGUACGCCAGGCGGCUGCCAUUUACUUGAAGAACAUGGUGACACAGUAUUGGCCUGACCGAGAACCUCCACCGGGAGAAGCAGUGUUUCCAUUCAACAUUCAUGAAAAUGAUCGCCAGCAAAUACGUGAUAACAUUGUGGAAGGAAUAAUUCGGUCUCCAGAUUUAGUGAGAGUCCAGUUAACAAUGUGUCUCCGUGCCAUCAUUAAAUAUGAUUUCCCUGGUCACUGGCCAGCAGUAGUCGACAAGAUAGACUAUUACUUGCAAUCACAGAGCAGUGGAAGCUGGCUUGGCAGUUUAUUGUGUCUGUAUCAACUGGUGAAGACAUAUGAAUAUAAGAAAGCAGAGGAAAGAGAGCCUCUUAUAGCAGCAAUGCAAAUAUUUCUGCCUCGUAUUCAGCAACAAAUCAUGCAGCUCCUUCCUGAUUCCUCACAUUAUUCUGUUUUACUACAAAAGCAGAUUCUGAAAAUCUUUUAUGCACUUGUUCAGUAUGCAUUGCCUCUUCAACUAGUGAAUAACCAAACCAUGACUGCGUGGAUGGAGAUCUUUCGAACUAUUAUUGACAGGACGGUUCCUCCUGAGACUCUGCAGAUUGAUGAGGAUGAUAGACCGGAACUAGUCUGGUGGAAGUGUAAGAAAUGGGCACUGCAUAUUGUAGCUCGUCUCUUCGAACGAUAUGGAAGCCCAGGAAAUGUCACAAAAGAAUACUUUGAAUUUUCUGAAUUCUUUUUGAAAACCUAUGCGGUGGGAAUUCAGCAGGUACUACUAAAAAUUUUAGACCAAUAUAGACAGAAAGAGUAUGUAGCCCCCCGUGUUCUUCAGCAAGCAUUCAACUAUCUUAAUCAAGGGAUUGUUCAUUCUGUCACCUGGAAGCAGAUGAAGCCACACAUACAGAAUAUCUCUGAAGAUGUGAUUUUUUCUGUGAUGUGUUAUAAAGAUGAGGAUGAAGAACUGUGGCAAGAAGAUCCAUAUGAGUACAUAAGAAUGAAAUUUGAUAUUUUUGAAGAUUAUGCUUCUCCCACCACAGCAGCCCAGACUCUCUUGUAUACUGCUGCAAAGAAAAGAAAAGAGGUGUUGCCCAAAAUGAUGGCAUUUUGUUAUCAGAUCCUAACAGACCCGAACUUUAACCCAAGGAAGAAAGAUGGAGCCCUGCAUGUGAUUGGCUCCCUGGCUGAUAUUUUAUUGAAGAAGAGUUUAUUCAAGGACCAAAUGGAGUUGUUGCUGCAGAACCAUGUAUUUCCGUUACUGUUGUCUAACCUGGGCUAUCUUCGAGCUAGAUCCUGUUGGGUACUUCAUGCAUUCAGUUCUUUGAAGUUUCAUAAUGAGCUCAAUCUAAGAAAUGCAGUUGAAUUGGCAAAGAAGAGCCUGAUUGAAGAUAAGGAGAUGCCUGUCAAAGUUGAAGCUGCCCUUGCUCUCCAGUCACUAAUUUCUAACCAGACACAAGCUAAGGAAUAUAUGAAGCCGCACGUGAGGCCUAUCAUGCAGGAGCUGUUGCACAUUGUUAGAGAGACGGAAAAUGACGAUGUUACUAAUGUUAUCCAGAAGAUGAUAUGCGAAUAUAGUCAAGAAGUAGCCUCAAUUGCUGUUGAUAUGACCCAACAUUUGGCUGAGAUAUUUGGCAAAGUUCUUCAAAGUGAUGAAUAUGAAGAAAUUGAAGACAAAACAGUAAUGGCUAUGGGAAUUUUACAUACUAUUGAUACUAUCUUGACAGUUGUAGAAGAUCAUAAAGAGGUUACUCAGCAGUUAGAGAAUAUCUGUCUACGGAUCAUUGAUCUUGUUUUACAGAAACAUGUAAUUGAAUUCUAUGAAGAAAUUCUUUCCCUGGCAUAUAGUUUAACCUGCCAUGGUAUUUCCCCUCAAAUGUGGCAGCUGCUAGGUAUAUUAUAUGAGGUUUUUCAGCAGGAUUGUUUUGAAUACUUUACAGAUAUGAUGCCUCUUUUGCAUAAUUAUGUGACAAUAGAUACAGAUACUUUAUUAUCUAAUCCAAAGCAUUUAGAAAUACUUUUUACCAUGUGUAGAAAGGUACUAUGUGGAGAUGCAGGAGAAGAUGCAGAAUGUCAUGCAGCCAAACUUCUUGAAGUCAUCAUUCUUCAGUGCAAAGGAAAGGGAAUUGAUCAGUGCAUUCCACUCUUUGUUCAACUUGUUUUGGAGAGAUUAACCCGAGGAGUCAAAACUAGUGAGCUCCGUACCAUGUGUCUUCAGGUUGCAAUUGCUGCCUUGUACUACAACCCUGAUUUGCUGCUACAUACUUUAGAACAAAUUCAGUUGCCUCACAACCCUGGACCUAUAACUGUACAGUUUAUAAAUCAGUGGAUGAAUGAUACAGAUUGUUUUCUUGGGCAUCAUGACCGGAAGAUGUGUAUAAUAGGACUGAGUAUCCUUUUGGAACUGCAAAAUCGACCUCCUGCAGUAGAUGCCGUAGUGGGACAGAUUGUACCCUCAAUUCUUUUCCUUUUCCUUGGCUUGAAGCAGGUCUGUGCUACCAGGCAACUGGUAAACCGUGAAGAUCGCUCAAAAGUGGAGAAGGCUGAUAUGGAAGAAAACGAGGAGAUUUCAAGUGAUGAAGAGGAGACAAACGUAAUCGCUCAAGCAAUGCAGUCAAAUAACGGAAGAGGUGAAGAGGAGGAGGAUGAUGAUGACUGGGAUGAAGAAGUAUUGGAAGAAACUGCCCUUGAGGGAUUCAGCACUCCACUUGACCUUGACAACAGUGUGGAUGAAUAUCAAUUUUUUACACAAGCUCUGCUAAACUCUCUUUCUUCUUCUACACCCGCCUCCCCCGCCCCACCCCCCAUGCAACAGCUGUGCAGAAUCGGGAUGCUGCCUGGUACCAGCUCCUCAUGGCACCGCUCAGUGAGGACCAGAGGAGGGCGCUGCAGGAGGUGUACACCCUGGCAGAGCACCGGAGGACCGUGGCAGAGGCAAAGAAGAAGAUUGAACAACAGGGAGGCUUCACCUUUGAAAACAAAGGAGUCCUCUCUGCAUUUAACUUUGGGACUGUGCCCAGCAACAACUGAAAGAGGGAACAUCAGCCUACCAAAUGUCAUCACUACAUUUUACUUCACCAGGGGAAUGUGAAGGUCAAGGGGAGGGACAGAGUGGGCUGUGCCAGUUAACUCUGGCAUUAGGCAGCACUUUUAUCCACUGCCUCUUCCGCUUUGACCUUUCUCCCCCCAAAAUAUACAUUCUCAGCAGCUACUGUAAUGUAUGAAAUUCAAGGAAAACAAAAUCAGCGGACUGAAAAGGACAAAUCAUAUUCUCCAAAGGACGAAUGACCAAGGUGGUUUUAGAGGACUGAUUGAAUUGCACGUCUCAGGUUUUUGCCAUGCAGAAUCAGUGGAUUUAUGCGGAUAACAGUGCCUUCUGUUGUACAUGAAUUAUCUGAAAAAUUUUUUUGGAGUGCAUUGCAAUUUUUUUUAAAGCAUAAAACAUAUUUCUAGAUAUAAUGUAAACCUUGGCUAUAUGUUGACUUAUUCUGCAUUUUACUAUGUGAAUUUACUGUUAGGCAGUUAGCUACAAGUCACUCUGGUUUCAAAAACAUCACCGCUCCCCUCACUCACCCUGCUGCUGGGGGCUGUCUUCAGGGGUUGUAAAAUAUGCACUGGCUCUGGUUUUUCAUCAGAUGUUUUGUGGCUUUCCUAAUAAGUGUCUUAUUCCCUCUUCCAUCAUAUUUUUGAGCCCAGAAAGAGGUGGUAUUUUUUUUUUUGGAGUCAGCAAAUAUGAAUAUAAAUUUCAUCUAUAACAUGGUAAGUUCAGGACUCAAAAGUUUCUUGGCAGCAAGUGGCAGGAGCUCUUUAGUCACUGGAAUUAACAGUAAGUCCGAGUGUAUUCUGAAUCAUGUACUUAAUUAUGUAAUGAAUUGAUAAUUAUACUAAAGCACAUUGAACCCUUAGGAGAAGGGUGCUACAUAAGCACGUGGUCUUUCUGGAUAGAGGCUUGCAUUUUCAACAGUGUAUCAUUCCAGCUCUGUUGGACCUGGGUCCAAAACAUUUUCUAACAAAAUUUUUUAUCCAGGAUAAAGAGCCAAAUGAAUUUAACUUCUACUUUUCACACAUCUGAAUUUUCUCCUACCUAAUUCAUUCUAGCCUUUAUUAUAGCUAAGUUCAGCUUGUUAUAUUUUUCACGGGUUGGGAUGUUGGUCAGCUGCCCUCUUGGAUGGUAAUGAUGCCUAUAGGAAAUAUUGCAGAUGGAGGUUACGGCUGUUUUUCUGAACAAAUUCAAGACUAAAACAUGGAUCAUAGUGUUUCAUACAGUAAAGUGAAAGUGUAUUUUCAAAACCUAAUGUAUUGCUGGACGUGAUACAGUUUUCCAUUUUUGUGAAAUGUCUGCAGCUUGUAUUUCCCCUCAGUGACUGGAGGAAUUUUCUCCAGGUGCUUCCUAUAUUACCAUCCCUUGUUAAUAUUAACUCUUUUUAGAAGUUUAGGUUAUUUAAGUAGUUUUUACAGAAGUAGCCUAAGAAGCCAUGAGUUUCAGAGUUAAAGGAUCCCUCGCUUUCCUCGUCCCUCUUCCCAAGGCAUUGAUUUUGAAUGUACCAGCUGGCAGAAGAGAAAGAUGGCCCAGGGGGACAUUUUAGAUAUCUUAAGCUUUGAAACUCUUCUUAUUCUCCCCAUGUCCAAAAUGGUUUAUUUUAACAUAAAUAAUAUGCCUUCACACUGGAUUGUAAAAGGCAUGUGAUUUUAUUUUUGUGAGGUAUUGUCUUCUGCAGUAUUAAAGGGAAAGAGAUGUUAAUGUGUAUCAUCCUAUCUUGUUUUUGAAGCCAGGGUAGUUGUAUAAUUUUGUUACCAGCAGUGCUAACCUGAAUGUGAUCUGGUUACCUUGGAAAUGCAGGAACUUAUAUGAAUGUACUGUAAAAUAAAACACGGACUGAUUCCCAGGA